ACUGGCAUUUAUAGGGUUAAAAUCCUCACCAGCGGAACUGUUGCACGCGGGCCGAAAAUGCAGCCUGUUUUCGGGGGACUCAUAACACCGUUGAACACUAUGUCGUCUCUCAGGUGGUGUCGUUGCUAGAGAAUUAUUCUAAAGGAAUGUGUGCAGCUCCAGAGAAGGACCUGUAUGCUGUCCUGGGAGCCAGCCCGUCCGACACCGUACAGCAGCUCAGACACAGAUACCAGCUACUGGCCUUACAGUAUCACCCAGACCGUCUUGGAGGUCAGUGUUCUUCAGAGGCAGAAUCUGGUGUUAGGAAGUUUCUAGAAGUUGAUGCAGCUUGGAAGAUCCUUAGUGACGAGAACUCUAGGAGACAGUAUGAUUUGCAGAAAAGAGCACAGGAACUUAAACAGGACGGGCCAGUGGACUCUACAGUUUGUCUUGAGGACAUGACCUGGAACCAGGAUGAACGUGUAUAUACAUAUUACUGUCGCUGUGGAGGAGGAUUCAGUGUUACUGAGGAAGAGGUGGACGAGGAGACACAGAGGACACAGCACAAUGAUGAAGACGGACAAAACAGAGGAGUGGUUGUUGGCUGUGAUACGUGCUCCCUCAGUGUGUACGUCACAUGGUCAUUGCACGGACUCAAAUGUUAAAUAAUUCUUGUUAAGGAAUCUUUUACUUUUCAACACUGCUAUGUCUUAUUAAAUUAGCAUGCAAACUUUUCCAUAUUUUUUAAAGAGUUCAGCAACUCAAUAAAGCAUACUGUUUGAUGAUUUAA